AGUGUGCCGCCGUGAAUCCAGGAGCUAAGAUGCUAAAUAGCCAGCUCCUUUUUGAAAAACUCGCCGACUUAGAGGACGAGGAUCCCGCGGACUAUUGUCACAUGGGCCUCAAAGGAGGCACCAAACCUAACAUUUUUAACUUCUAGAUAGUGCGUGUUUUUGCAAUAUAUGUUCUAUCUGUUUGUACAGAAAUAAGAAAAUUCAAAUUGUAUAAUUUCGUUUUGGUAAAAUUUUUUUCGGAGUUUUUUCGACGCCAUUCGAGCGCAGACUUCGGGUCAAACGGGUACUGUAUAUAGUGUAUUUAGGGACCAAACUAUAUUUAAUGUGCAUAUAACUAAUAGGUACUAGUUGUUUAGGAUAUUCACAAAGUGCAAGAACUAAAAUGUCGCUAGAAACUCCAACUUCAACAGCAAAAUUACCAUUGUGUUUUGAAGAUCUAUUUUACCAGUGCGAGGUCAGUGACGUGAAUGGCAAUAUAUCCAACCACACUUUAUCAGUUCCUCAUUAUCCAAGUGGCUACACUAUCACUCAAAUAGCAGUGGCAUCCAUUGUUGUUACCGUUCUCAUGAUAGUGAUUGUUGUGGGUAACAUGUUGGUUAUAAUAGCGAUAAGUACUGAAAAAGCUCUAAAAAACAUUCAAAACUGGUUUAUAGCUUCUUUAGCUGUAUCGGACUUUUUUCUCGGAUUAAUAAUUAUGCCGUUUUCGUUAGCCAAUGAGUUGAUGGGAUACUGGGUGUUUGGAUUGUGGUGGUGUGAAAUUCACUCGGCAAUGGACGUACUGCUCAGUACCGCAUCCAUAAUGAAUCUUUGUUUGAUUUCUCUAGAUCGGUACUGGAGCAUAACGCAAGCCGUUGAAUAUUUGAAAAAACGAACUCCAGUGAGGGCUAUAGUGAUGAUUGCAGCUGUCUGGGUAUUGUCUGCCUUAAUAUGCAUUCCACCAUUACUUGGAUGGAAAGUAGCAAGACCAAAAGAUGAACAGUAUCCUAAAUGCCAGCUUAGCGAAGAACCGGGAUACGUAGUAUACUCGGCGUUGGGAUCUUUCUACAUUCCAUCUUGUAUCAUGGUAUUUGUGUACAUACGAAUUUACUACGCAGCAAAAGCUAGGGCCCGCAGGGGGAUUCGUAAGCCACCUCGAAAACAACCUCAGGAUGCCGUCACCAGCUUUUCUAACAGCCCUGGGGGCGCUAGAAACGGUACGACUGAAAGAAGCGAAGGGUCUGCAGGUGGUUCCAUAGUUGAUAGAAACAGCAAUAACUCGCCGCAUAAUGCUGAGAGCCAAAUUGCCACUAUUGAAGCCCAUCCUAGACCUAUGACCAUUCCAACUGUCACGUGUGAUUUAGCGUCAGAUAUUUCCACUAGCGACAAUGCAGAAAAUACACAGGAUGGCCAAGACCAAAAAGAUACGUUGAAAGUUUUCAGCCCAGGUUCUUGCCAAUUAGUUCGCAAUCCUCUAGCGCAGUGUCAAUUUAGCGGCUCCACGUUGUCGGUCAACGGUGAACUUCAACAACAAGCCGCAGCUUUCACUCGUAACAGACAACCAUCAAUGGGCAUCGAAACCGACAUGGUUAGCGAAUUCGAUCCAAGUAGCUCUGAUUCGGGUGUGGUUGCUCAAUGUGCCGCUAUAAAACCACUCAAGCUGAGACUUUGUAAACCGAUAUUUGGUCGUAAUAAACAUCAUACGUCGCGUAGCAGAAACGAAGAAAAACCUCCCAAAUCACCCACAAGUGAACAAGCUUUAGUGGAAUACGUGGUACCGCGUGUUAACAAACCUAAAGAUCCCGAACGGGAGAAAAGACGAUUAGCUCGGCAGAAAGAAAAAAGGGCAACUCUAAUUUUGGGGUUGAUUAUGGGUUCCUUCAUAGCUUGUUGGCUACCGUUCUUCUUUAUGUACAUAUUGAGGCUAGCUUAUCCUUUCCCGCAGAUUGCUUUCUCUACUGCCUUUUGGCUAGGUUACAUGAAUUCGGCACUGAAUCCAGUCAUAUAUACAAUUUUCAAUAAGGAUUUCCGAAGAGCAUUCAGGAGGAUAUUAUUUAAGUGAUGUAUGUCCUAUGUGUGCUGCUAUAAGUGCGUUGGUAAUAAAAUCCGUACCGCGCAAUUUCGCAGCGCACCUAGCGCCUUAUAUCGACAUUGAACCUAUUUGACAAUCCUUGUCUCCCACUCACAACUAGCUUUAAUUUAGUUUAGUUUUUAACUUACAUCGUUAUCUAUUAGUAGAAAAUAUUUCAGUAACAUUACAUGACACAAUUGAA